CGGACUUAACGGCUAUCCCAAACACAUGCGGUAGGAACUGGGGAAAUGACGUGGCUAGCUUCUUUAGCAGAAACAAGGAGCUACCAUGAACGAACGCCUUGUUCUUUCAAUUACCUCUCCAUAAACUGUUCUGAUCGCUGCUUUGUUAGUUUGCUUUCAACCCUUUUUAGUUUACUUUCCAUGGAAUUGGGCCUUCAAUUUGGCCGUCCUCUGUUCCCAGCUGGUUUCAAAUGCCCACCGUCCAGAAGAACUCUUUUGGCGCGAAGUUCCAACGAUAGUCCUGGGUUUUCUUCCAAUGGCUCCGUCUCUGUCAAGCCUGCUAAAACUGUUCCAGGGAAGCCAGAGGCUGAUGUUGUUGUGAUUGGGAGUGGUAUUGGUGGGCUAUGUUGCGCGGGACUUCUUGCUAGAUACAACCAGGAUGUUCUCGUGUUAGAAAGCCACGAUCAGCCUGGUGGUGCUGCCCAUUCUUUUGAGAUUAAAGGCUACAAAUUUGAUUCUGGUCCAUCUUUAUUCUCUGGUUUUCAGUCAAGAGGUCCUCAGGCGAAUCCUCUUGCACAGGUCCUGGAUGCAUUGGGUGAGUCAGUUCCAUGUGCAAAGUAUGAUUCUUGGAUGGUAUACAUUCCUGAAGGUGAAUUCUUAUCACGCAUUGGCCCAACUGAAUUUUACAAGGACCUUGAAAAGUAUGCAAGUCAGAAUGCCGUGCAAGAGUGGAAAAAACUUCUUGAUGCAAUACUUCCAUUAUCUGCCGCUGCAAUGGCUCUGCCGCCUUUAUCGAUCAGAGGAGAUUUGGGUGUUCUUUCCACUGCUGCCACUAGAUAUGCCCCUUCCCUGCUGAAAUCAUUUGUAGAAAUGGGACCUCAGGGAGUUUUUGGUGCUUCUAAGCUCUUACGACCCUUCUCAGAAAUCAUGGACUCAUUGGAGCUGAAAGACCCUUUUAUUAGGAAUUGGGUGGACCUUCUGGCUUUCCUGCUUGCCGGGGUGAAAUCCAAUGGUAUACUUUCAGCAGAGAUGGUUUAUAUGUUUGCAGAAUGGUACAAGCCUGGUUGUACUCUGGAGUAUCCUCUUGAUGGAGGUGGAGCUAUUGUCGACGCUCUUGUUCGAGGAAUGGAAAAGUUUGGGGGACGGCUAUCUCUAGGAAGUCAUGUGGUGAAGAUCAUUGUUGAGAAUGGUAAAGCUACCGGAGUUAAGCUGAAAGGUGGUCAGUUUAUACGUGCUAAAAAGGCUGUUGUUAGCAAUGCAUCCAUGUGGGACACUUUGAACCUGCUGCCCAAGGAUCAACUACCAAAGUCAUACAUUGAUAGGAUUAAGACAACACAGCAAUGCGAAUCAUUCAUGCAUCUCCAUCUAGGCUUUGAUGCAGAGGAUCUGUGCGAGGAUUUGGGAAUCCAUCAUAUUGUUGUUAAUGACUGGGAUAGAGGAGUUGAUGCUGAUCAGAAUGUUGUCUUAAUAUCUGUACCUAGUGUACUUAGUCCCAAUCUGGCACCACGGGGGAAGCACAUUUUACAUGCUUACACACCAGGAACUGAACCAUUUGAAUUGUGGGAUGGCCUCGAUCGCAGAAGUCCAGAAUACAAAAAGCUUAAAGCUGAACGAUCGGAGGUAUUGUGGAGAGCUGUUGAACGAGCACUUGGCUCAGGUUUCAGCCGGGAGAAGUGUGAGGUGAAAAUGGUCGGAACUCCAUUGACACAUCAAAGGUUUUUAAGAAGGAACAGAGGAACUUAUGGACCAGCUAUACAAGCCGGACAAGACACUUUUCCAGGACAUUCGACCCCCAUCCCACAGCUUUACUGCUGUGGAGAUUCUACUUUUCCAGGCAUUGGAGUCCCUGCAGUUGCUGCUAGCGGUGCCAUUGUUGCCAAUUCGUUAGUUUCCGUUUCACAACACUCCCAGCUUCUUGAUGCCAUUGGAAUUUGAACCCCAUCGGUGAGUUUUGAUUAUACCCUUUGGAAACCAUAUCCUUUCAGCCUAAUCAUUACUGUACAUAAGCAACAUGGAAAUUGGAAAGGAACCCAGUUUUUGUUUCUUUAAUUUACAACCAAAAUCUUAUGUUUCAUGAUGUUUGAAUCUCUGAUAACCUGUCUGAGUGCAGUGUUAUUACAACAAAAUUUAGAGGCCUUUUCCACUCAUUCU